CUCCCGGGAGAGAGAGAGAGAGAGAGAGAGAUCCAGCAGCAUGUCGGGCCCCGAGGAAGAGCCCGGGCCGGGCGCCCCCAGCCUCGCCGCCUCCUCCUCCUCCUCCUCCUCCUCCUCGCCGCCUCCUUCUUCCUGCCCGGUCCGCUCGGCCCUGGGCCACCUCUGCCAGGAGCUCAACCUGGACGCCGGCAGCGCCGCUGAGGCCCUGAGGGACUUCACCGCCCUGAGAGGCACCUACAGCCUGGAGGGAGAAACUGUACAUUGGCUGGCUUGUGCUCUGUAUGUUGCCUGUCGUAAGAGUAUAAUUCCCACUGUAGGAAGUGGCUUGAUGGAAGGAAAUUGUGUUUCACUGACCCGGAUAUUACGCACAGCAAAGUUGAGUUUAAUUCAGUUUUUUAAUAAAAUGAAGAAAUGGAUGGACAUGUCAAAUCUGUCUCAAGAAUUUCGAGAGAGAGUGGAGAGACUGGAGAGAAACUUUGAAGUCUCCACAGUGAUUUUCAAGAAGUUCACACCAAUAUUUUUGGAUAUAUUUAAAAAUCCUUAUGAAGAACAACCUAAGCUACAAAGAAGCAGAAAACAGAGGCGGGUACCUUGUAGUGCUAAAGACUUAUUCAAUUUCUGCUGGACGCUAUUUGUUUACACAAAAGGUAAUUUCAGUAUGAUUGGAGAUGAUCUGGUGAAUUCAUACCAUUUACUUCUGUGCUGCUUAGAUCUGAUUUUUGCAAAUGCACUUCUGUGUCCAUAUAAAAGAGACUUACUGAAUUCCUCUUUCAAAGGUUUGCCAGAAGAUUUCCACACAGCUGACUUCAGAACUUCUGAAGAACCUCCAUGCAUUAUUGCCACACUCUGUGAAUUACAUGAUGGUCUUUUGGUAGAAGCCAAGGGCAUAAAGGAACAUUAUUUUAAACCAUAUAUCUCCAAGCUCUAUGAUUGGAAGAUUUUAAAAGGAGACUGUCUUUUGGAUCUUAAUAACUUUAUAGAUAACAACAAAGCACUGAAUAAAAAAUAUGAAGAAUAUGUUCUGACAGAAGGUGACUUUGAUGAAAGGGUUUUCUUAGGGGCAGAUGCAGAAGAGGAAAUUGGAACUCCUCAGAAGUUUUCCACUGAUAUGCCAUCUGGGAAGGUAAUGACAAGAGCUCAUGUGGAGUGCCAUCUUCAACAGCAUUUUGAAAAGAAAAGAUCCUUUGCACCUUCUACUCCCUUGACUGGCAGAAGAUACCUAAGAGAGAAGGAACCCGUCAUUACUCCAGUUGCUUCUGCAACACAAAGUGUAAGCCGGCUACAGAGUAUUGUAGCAGGGCUGAAAAAUGGACCAAGUGAACAGCUUUUAGCUAUUUUUGAGUCUUCUAUACGAAAUCCUACCGAGAAGAUCAUGAACAGAGUGAAAGAAAUAGGUGAAAUUUUCUGUCAGAACUAUACUCGGUCUACUGAUGAUCAGCCAGGAUCUCAUAUAGAUUUUGCUGUUAAUCGGUUAAAAUUGGCAGAAAUUCUUUAUUAUAAAAUAUUGGAGACCAUAAUGGUACAAGAAAUGCGAAGACUGCAUGGAAAAGAUAUGUCUGCUCUUUUAGAGCAAGAUAUUUUCCAUUGUUCCCUCUUGGCAUGUUGCUUGGAGAUUGUGCUAUUUGCAUACAGUUCACCGCGGACUUUCCCCUGGAUCAUUGAGGUUCUUGACCUCAGGCCAUUCUAUUUCUAUAAGGUGAUUGAAGUAUUGAUUCGAUCAGAAGAAGGACUUUCUCGAGACAUGGUGAAACAUCUCAACAGCAUUGAGGAACAAAUUCUUGAAAGCCUAGCAUGGACAAAAGAUUCUGCCCUGUGGGGUGCCCUCCAAGCAUCUGAAAACAAGGUUCCUACCUGCGAAGAAGUAAUAUUUCCAUGUAAUUUUGAAACAGGAAAUGGAGGAAGAGGGCUAGGACAUCUUCCCAUGAUUCCAGCAUCUCCUAUAGUGCAUCCUCGAGUAAAAGAGGUUCGGACAGAUCUUGGGGGGAAUAUUAAACGGGAUAUGCAAACAUUAUCUCCAAUCUCUGUUCACGAUCGUUAUAGUUCUCCGAUGGCUGGAAGUGCUAAGAGAAGGCUUUUUGGGGAUGAAAGCCCAAGAGAAAAAUCAGCAGAAAAAAUUAUCACUGAUGGGACUAGGUUGAAAAUUGCUCCAGUGUCAAACUUUAUUGAUGAACAUUUGUCUGUCUCACCUGAACAAACAGUUCUCAGCAUGUCAACAAAUACAGUAACAGGACAUAAAAUGACGAUUCCAUUGCAUAGUAUUCCAUAUGAUACUGGACGGAUCACUUUGAUACCCAUCUCAAUCAGUAUAUCUGAAGAAUCUAAAGUGGACAGCCAUGGACUGGUUCCCCUAAGUGCUCAAACUUUAUUGAAUGUGUCCCCCAGUCAAUUUCAUAUGACUCAAACACAAGAGAUUUCUCAUCCAGCAGGAAGCAGACCAAAGAAAACUGGAUCUCUAGCACUAUUUUUCAGAAAGGUGUAUCAUCUUGCAAGUGUGCGAUUACGUGAUCUCUGCUUAAAACUGGAUGUUUCUAAUGAAUUGCGCCGGAAGAUAUGGACAUGUUUUGAAUUCACAUUAGUUCAUUGUACAGAUCUUAUGAAAGACAGGCACUUGGAUCAGCUCCUCCUCUGUGCUUUUUACAUCAUGGCAAAGGUCUCCAAAGAGGAAAGAACUUUUCAGGACAUAAUGAAAAGCUAUAGAAACCAGCCACAGGCAAAUAGUCAUGUCUACAGAAGUGUCUUGUUGAAAAAACUGCACACGGAGGCAGCAUCAGAUAUAAAAGAAGAAGAAAUGUCAGAAGAAGGUUCUCCCCAAAAGAUGAAAGAUUUACCUCUAAGGAUAAAAUCAGAAAAUUCCAGCGAUAUGGAAAAGGAAGAAAGAGGGGAUCUGAUAAAAUUUUACAAUACUAUCUAUGUCAGAAAAGUGAAAAACUUUGCACUGAAAUAUGAUGCUUCCAGCCAUGAUCCUGUGGUAUGUGGGUCUCAGGUUUCAAGAAGCACAUCAAAUUUGGUGGAGGCACCUCCCCUUUCUCCCUUUCCAAGCAUUAAACAGCAACCAGUCUCUCCUCGACGGAUAUCUCACCAACACUCUGUUUAUGUUUCACCACAUAAGAAUGGUGCUUGCUUGACACCUAAGACUGCACUGUUAUAUAAAUUUAAUGGAAGCCCUUCUAAGAGUUUAAAAGAAAUCAACAAUAUGAUAAAACAAGAAGGACAAAGACCUAAGAAGAGAGCCAUAUCAAUUGACAGUGACACAGAGUCACCAGCAAAGAGAAUAUGCCAGGAGAAUGAUGAUGUUUUACUUAAACGUCUUCAGGAUGUUGUCAGUGAAAGAGCAAAUCAUUAGGUCAGCCAGAAUGCUGUGAGGACUAAAGUUUUUGAGAACUUUUUCAUGUGGCUCAAAUCUCAUUCCUACUUCAAUUUACUACUUUUGCUUAUGAUAGAUGGGCAGUGAGCCAAAUUAAAGUAUGUACUGUUUUAUGAUGCUCUGUUAAAAAGUGGAAGUUUGAACAAUUACAGUCAGCCCUUAGUAUCUGAAGGGGAUCCAUUCUGGAACCCCCAGUGGAUACCAAAAUCUGUGGAUGAUCAAGCCUGCGUUGUCUCCAAUGGCAGAGCGUGCACACAGCCACACUGUCAUUAGGGACAGCCCCCAUUGUCCCAUGGUGGCAUGUGCAUUUGCCACGCUGCCACUGGAGUAAAUGAAACAAUAGUGGCACGGUUGCAUGCACACACCACCAUUUGAGAACAGGGGCUGUCCCUAAUGGUAGCAGAGCUGUAUGCAUGAGCCGCCAUUGGGGACAACAUGGGCUUGCUGUCCACGGAUGCUUGGAUCCGUGGAUGGCAAGUCCACAGAUACCAAGGGCUGACCGUUAAAUUUCUGCCUACACCUGGUAAAUGCAUAUAUAUAUAUAUAUAUAUACACACACACACACACUUUGAAAAAUAGUUUGAAUUGUCUAUGAAAGGUGUGUGUUUUUAAUGGUUUUUACAUGCUUUUGGAUUUGUUUGCUGAAAGUGACAACCAAUUCCAAUAUCUGAGUCUUCCACUUUUUAACAGUUUUCAACUAUUGCAUAUUACAGUAGAUGUUAUGCCUAAUUAUUCCCUUGAUUGUCUUCAAAAAUGUUUUAAUGUUUAUUGUUUAAAAGAAACUUGCUGCUUCCUAUGCAUUAUCUUAAUGUGAUGUAAGGCAAGAAGUUAUAUAGUAUAUAGUAAUUAACCAGAUGUUUUUUCUCUUUUUAGCUUAGAAUAAAGAGACAUCCUCUUUAUUUUUAUUAACAUUUUGAUUUGAUAAACCAACAUGUUGGUAAAGUUCUUCAGGCUUAGCUACUGGUAGAAUUGCAAAAAUCCUGAAGGAAGAAUUGAGUAAGAUUCAGAGUAGUGGUUCAUGAGCUUUAUUGUUGUUACUGGUACAACUGCUGAGUGGAAGUAGUUGCAAUAUUCUGUCAUCGCCCAUAUUGGGGAAAUUUGCAUUUUCUUGCUAUCUUGUUUGAAUUUAGUCUCCUAAAGAGGCAAUGAAUCCUGUCAACCUCCCACAAUAGUCAGGAAAGGCUGAAUGAUGCUCUGCUCUUUAAAAAGGAAAAAUAGUCCCAAUUAGUCAAAGGAAUUGGAAAACCACCUUGCCUCUGAGAAGUAGUCAUUCUUUACUUCAUUGCUGGCUGUAUUUCUCAAAAAUCUUCGUGUGCUUUUCUGAAAGUUGAAGAAUAACGGUUUGCGAAUUGGGAAUUUAAAUGGUGUUGCUCUGGAACAAAAAGAAAAAUUAUCUUGGGAAGGUGCUAUUUUUAUGACUUGCUGUGGUUUCGUUCUUGAUAAUAGUGCAUAGAGGGGAAAUGUUGGGUCAGUUCUUCAGCCUUCUCUGCCUGAUGGACUUUUCAGUGGCAAAAGACUCUUUGGGAUUUAAAACACAGUUGAUUGCUUCUCAUGUGGGGAGCUGUAAUUUGUAGCCAUUUUCUUACAUUCUGGUUAUUCACUUUUUCCCUUGAAAAGUGUUUUCACUUGUGUAGUAUCUACAUAAAAUAUAAAUGUUAUCAAAUUAAGUGCAUUUGUAUAUAAGAGUAUUAUAUAACUAUUUUUAUGUGGUUGGCCUGUGCUUCUUGUUGAUGGCAUUAGGUGCUAAACAUUUGAUUCUCAUUUCAGAAGCAUUUAUAAGAGAACGUUUGAUUAGGAGUACCAUGUAAUAGUAUGGGAAAGAUAAGGAUUUACCUUUUAGUCACAGCUAGAACAAAGCCAGCGAAUUAAUGAAACUUGCAUAAGUGUUGACUUGUUGAGUUCCGACUGAUUCAGAGGAUUUAAUCUAGUGGGAACUCACAAUUAUGUUUAGGCUGAGGUUUCCUCACUAGUGCAGAGGAUUACUCUCUUUUGGAAUGUUUAAGAUUAAAAUUGUAAAAUAAUCUUGUAUUUUUAAUUAAUAUGUUGAAAGCAUUGUAGUGUUUAGCUGCUUUUAAUAAGGAUCUAAUCAGUUCUAAAGGAUUUUUACUGUUAAUCAGUAUUCCGUGAUUUAAUACACUGAAAUCUAUUAGCCUAAAGGGUCAUAUGGUCAAACAUGAAAACGAAGCUGAAACACUGUGUUUCUGUAUUUGUUUACUAAUUCACUGUGGAUAAAAAGUUGGUAAGUAGUACAAGAUCCAUGUGUGGGGCUUUUUAUAAAAUAAGUAACCCUGUGAACAUGGUAGUGUGGAAGAAGAAAAAUUAUAUCUCUUUGAACGUCCUUUCCCAUAAAUGUUGUAUAAAUAGGCACUGUAUACAGUUUCAGCUACAUUGACCAAUUACUUUCAGUGCACUUUUCUAAGUAAGAUUUUUAAUCAAUACAACACAAUUUUCUAAACAGAUUUUCAAGUUUGAUUAUAAAGGGAUGGUGCUGAAGUUCUUAUUAAUCAUGAUUUUAAUCGUGUAAGUUAAUUAUAUUUUGUACUAACGUGACAGCUUUUGUAAUUUUAGAUCAAUACCAGUUUUGAUCUAAAGAAGCUAGUAAUCUCCUGAAUAAAUGGUGAGCUUACUCGCAAAGGUUUUUUUUAAAUAAAACAUUUGUUAUACUUCAGAAA